CAUUCCCUCCUCCUCCUCCUUCUCCUUCCUCUCAUCUAGGGAUUGGAUUAAUUUAAUUUGCUGCUGUAAAUUGAGUUUAGUUUGAACGAGUUGCACAUUUACAAUUUGUUUCUUCUCUUCUUCUCUUUCUUCUAUGACUAAUAAAUAAUCAAUUUGUUUUAGUCCAUUUUACUUUGAAAUAAUUCAAAUACAGUUACCUUACCUGCAUUCUUGUUUCUUUGUUAAAAUUUUUGGAUGCUUAUGACUUACUACUUCUCUACUAGUACGGUUACUACCUUACGAGAAAUCUCAACCGAAAUCACCGCCAUUGCCUUGCCGUUCAACCUAACUCUCAGCUACUGUGACAUGAGGAAGAUCAGCACACCCUAAAAUUUUCAGAUUUUCCGCUGUUCCAUUCAAAAUGACUACCAAACGCGCUUACAAGCUACAGGAAUUUGUAGCACAUUCUUCUACAGUCAAUUGUCUCAAGAUUGGAAGGAAGUCAUCGAGGGUUUUGGUCACUGGAGGUGAAGAUCACAAGGUCAAUCUCUGGGCCAUUGGUAAACCCAAUGCCAUUCUGAGUCUGUCUGGACAUACAAGUGGAAUCGAUUCUGUAAGCUUUGAUUCUUCAGAAGUUUUAGUAGCUGCUGGAGCGGCAAGUGGUACAAUCAAGCUUUGGGAUUUAGAAGAGGCAAAGAUUGUUCGCACACUUACUGGUCACAGAUCCAACUGCAUAUCUGUGGACUUCCAUCCAUUUGGGGAAUUCUUUGCAUCUGGCUCUCUUGACACAAAUCUUAAGAUAUGGGAUAUCAGAAAGAAGGGAUGUAUCCACACGUACAAGGGCCAUACCCGAGGGGUGAAUGCCAUCAGAUUUACUCCAGAUGGUCGUUGGGUUGUAUCUGGAGGAGAGGACAAUACCGUGAAGCUGUGGGAUCUCACUGCUGGAAAGCUGUUGCAUGACUUCAAAUGUCAUGAAGGUCAGGUUCAGUGUAUUGAUUUUCAUCCUCAUGAAUUUCUGCUGGCAACAGGUUCAGCUGAUAGGACUGUGAAAUUUUGGGACCUUGAAACAUUUGAGCUAAUUGGUUCAGGUGGCCCUGAGACCACUGGAGUGCGCUGCUUGACCUUUAAUCCAGAUGGGAGGACCUUACUUUGUGGAUUGCAUGAAAGUUUGAAGGUUUUCUCCUGGGAACCAAUAAUGUGUCAUGAUGGUGUGGAUGUGGGAUGGUCAAGAUUGUCAGAUCUUAAUGUUCAUGAGGGCAAACUCCUCGGCUGCUCAUAUAAUCAAAGUUGUGUGGGAGUGUGGGUUGUAGACAUCUCGCGCAUAGAGCCAUAUGCUGUUGGCAGUGUUACCCGAUCAAAUGGCCAUUCAGAAUCUAAAUCUAGUUCAGGUGGGAAUUUCUCAGUUCUAAAUGAGAACACUGGAAAGGCUAGUUUGGGAAGGUUAUCUGUUUCACAAAAUUCAGAUCCCUUGGUGAAGGAAACAAAAUCUCUUGGAAGGUUGUCUGUUUCUCAAAAUUCAGAUCCUAACACUGGAAAGGCUAGUUUGGGAAGGUUAUCUGUUUCACAAAAUUCAGAUCCCUUGGUGAAGGAAACAAAAUCUCUUGGAAGGUUGUCUGUUUCUCAAAAUUCAGAUCCUGUUAAGGAGUCAAAAUUUUUGUCAUCCACAGGAAGUGUACCUGGUACCCCUCAAAGGGUCAAUUUAAACACAGGUCCAAAGACAAGUAUAGCCAGUUCUGUGACAGCUCCUAGUGCAACAGUCUCAAAGAGGAAUUCUACAAAGGUCAACUCAACAUCCAACGUUUCAAUCUUGAACAAGUCAGAUAUUGUACCUGUAAUUGUCCCUAGAACAAAUACUAGGUUUGAGCAAGCAGCUGAAUCCAGAAAAGAAGUUGACAUUGUUGGAAGAACAAUGCCAUUUUCUUUGCAAUCUAAGACAGCUGAUUUCCGGAAGUUUCCAAAUAGUGGAGAUGAGGUUGACCGGCCAACUCUCCCUGUUCUCUCUGAAACCACAGGCCCUAAGGCUUCUGAAUUGAGUAGUGUUGCAGAUAGGAAUACCUACCCUGCAGUUAAAGGCUCAGUCCAGGGAGCAUCUGCUGCUGAAAGGAACAUGAAGGAUGAUAGGUUUGUCAUAUCUGGUAAGAGUGAAUCAAUGUCAAUGUCGGAGUCUCCUGCUAGCUACCACGAUGAAAGAUAUGAUAGUUUGGGCAAUAAAUCAACCAGAGAUGCUUUUCCAAUGGAAAGUCAAAAAAGAGGAAGAAUGCGUUCACUUGUCAUAAAUUGGGAGACAAGAGGAAGAUCUCCUAAUUUUGAGGGACCGACUUCCGGUAUUUCCCAAGGGACAGUAUCUACUGGAAGCAUGCCUCCGUUCAAUGCGCUUAAACAGAGAGGAUAUACUGCACCUGUCGAAAAAGAAAUGGUUUAUGCUAGCGAUGAGGAUGCUAGUGCAGAUGUAAUGGAACCACAUGAUCAGUUUGUCAGCUCUAUGCAGUCCCGUUUGGCUAAGUUACAGGUAGUUUCUAGAUACUGGGAAAGGAACGAUUUUAAGGGGGCCAUUAGUGCUAUGCAAAAGAUGGCUGAUGAUGCUGUCCUUGCUGAUGUAAUGAGCAUUAUGACAGAGAAAAUUGACAUAGUGACGUUGGAUAUUUGCAGUUGUCUUCUCCCUCUUCUGUCAGGUCUUCUUGAAAGUGACAUGGAUAGGCAUUUAAGCAUCUCUCUGGACAUGCUGCUUAAACUUGUUAGAAUAUUUGGCUCGAUGAUCUAUUCAACAUUGUCAGCAUCAACGUCUGUUGGCGUCGAUAUUGAGGCUGAGCAAAGGAUGGAACGCUGCAACCUUUGCUUUAUAGAGCUGGAAAAAGUCAAGCGCUGCUUGCCGAUUCUGACUAGAAGAGGGGGUUCUGUCGCAAAAUCUGCUCAAGAAUUGAGUUUAGCACUCCAAGAAGUUUCAUGAGUGAAAUCAUGCUGAGUGGAAAUGCAGCUUGUUUCAACUUAGCAUGGGUUAAAUUCUUUAAGUUGCUGUGGAAUUGAAAUGUUUUGGUGCAAGAAAGAACCAGUAUUUGAUUUCUUUCCAUGCCCUGGGUCCUCCAUGUACAUUGCUAAGUGGAGGCAUUAACUACUACUAAAUUAACUGGAUCAUAGGGCUAAUAGUACCUGCUGCUGGCUUUGGCAACUAUCAACUCUGUACCUGCUUGGCGAGAAUCCAUCCACUUUAUAUUUCCUUCUAACCCAAUGUGUAGCUUGUCCAGAUAUAACUUUUUGCGUGUUUUUUUGAUCUAACUAUUGUUUUCAACGUGAAUAUACAAAACUCUUAACACAUGGAUUCUCAACUUAUUCAAAUCUUGAAAUAGAGCAAGCUGAGUUUAUAUUGA